GACAUUGGAGUGUCCACUCUGAGGUGACGCGUGUCCCUGUAUCCUGUCCCCCCAGGGCCGGAUCUCAUUAUACUGUGACAUUGGAGUGUCCGCCCUGAGGUGACGCGUGUCCCUGUAUCCUGUCCCCCCAGGGCCGGAUAUCUGUAUACUGUGACAAUGGAGUGUCCGCCCUGAGGUGACGCGUGUUCCUGUAUCCUGUCCCCCCAGGGCCGGAUCUCAUUAUACUGUGACAUUGGAGUGUCCGCCCUGAGGUGACCCGUGUCCCUGUAUCCUGUCCUCCCAGGGCCGGAUCUCAUUAUACUGUGACAUUGGAGUGUCCGCCCUGAGGUGACCCGUGUCCCUGUAUCCUGUCCUUCCAGGGCCGGAUCUCAUUAUACUGUGACAUUGGGGUGUCCGCCCUGAGGUGACGCGUGUCCCUGUAUCCUGUCCUCCCAGGGCCGGAUCUCAUUAUACUGUGACAUUGGAGUGUCCACUCUGAGGUGACGCGUGUCCCUGUAUUCUGUCCCCCCAGGGCCGGAUCUCAUUAUACUGUUACAUUGGAGUGUCCACCCUGAGGUGACGCAUGUCCCUGUAUCCUGUCCUCCCAGGGCCGGAUCUCAUUAUACUGUGACAUUGGAGUGUCCGCCCUGAGGUGACGCGUGUCCCUGUAUCCUGUCCUCCCAGGGCCGGAUCUCAUUAUACUGUGACAUUGGAGUGUCCGCCCUGAGGUGACGCAUGUCCCUGUAUCCUGUCCUCCCAGGGCUGGAUCUCAUUAUAUUGUGACAUUGGAGUGUCCGCCCUGAGGUGACGCGUGUCCCUGUAUCCUGUCCUCCCAGGGCUGGAUCUCAUUAUACUGUGACAUUGGAGUGUCCGCCCUGAUGUGACCCGUGUCCCUGUAUCCUGUCCUCCCAGGGCCGGAUCUCAUUAUACUGUGACAUUGGAGUGUCCACCCUGAGGUGACGCGUGUCCCUGUAUCCUGUCCUCCCAGGUCCGGAUCUCAUUAUACUGUGACAUUGGAGUGUCCGCCCUGAGGUGACGCGUGUCCCUGUAUCCUGUCCUCCCAGGGCCGGAUCUCAUUAUACUGUGACAUUGGAGUGUCCGCCCUGAGGUGACGCGUGUCCCUGUAUCCUGUCCUCCCAGGGCCGGAUCUCAUGUGAAGAGGUAGCGGUGUAUUUCUCGGAGGGCGAGUGGCAGUCCUUGGAGAUCUGGCAGAAGGACCUUUACAGGACUGUGAUAAAGGAUGAGACGGUCUCCUCGCUGGGUAGGUUCCUGCAGGAUGAUGCCGGGUGGGGGUAGGAUGCUGCCUCUCCUGUAACCUCUGUGACCACCUCCUUUUCCAGGGUUCCCAGCUCAAAUCUGUGACUUCCUGCUGGGCCAGGAGGAGUGCGGCUCCGUAUCUGUGAAACAAGAGUGCGAUUUCACGGUUCGGAAUUCCAAAGAGUUUGCGAUGGUGAUAGCCACCGGUAUAGCGGCCAUUAAGGAGGAAUCUCCGCCGCAGCGGUGCCCUGAUAGCCACAGGACACACCCAAAGAGAACAAAUCCCUGCCCGGGGAUAAACCAGAGGACCAGGCUGAUGAAGAAGGACUGCAGCAGGGACUGGCCACACGCCAACCAUGACGCUUUGUCCCAGAAGAAGUACUUGGUGAAGAGAAAGUCCACGUCGGGUAUUCUGGAGCGCUUUAAGAGACGUGAAGUGAAGCCGCGUAGAUCUGAGUCGGUGUUUGCCUGCAACGUGUGCAGGAACACCUUCCCCAGCCGGUAUCGCUUGCAGAUCCACUCGCGGUUCCACAGUGGGGAUAAGCCAUUCCUGUGCAGAGACUGCGGCAAAGGCUUUUCCCGCGCCGACUACCUGAAAUCUCACCGCCGCCUGCACACCGAGGAAAACCCCUUCAAGUGUCCCGACUGCGAGAAGAGUUUUCCUGAUAAAGCAACUUUGAGGACGCACCUGAGGAAUGUGCAUAACAGGCUUGACCGGAGGCUGAAGGAGGUGAAGCAGAUGCUUCGGCAAGAUGCCUCCUGCAACGUGGCUGCAAAAAGGGUGCACGUCUGUGAUGUGUGCGAUAAGACUUUCAGCAAAUCGUACAACCUCAAAGUACACCAAAGAAUUCACACGGGGGAGAAACCAUAUCAGUGCCCCAGGUGUGAAAAGUGCUUCUCCCAAAACAUCCGGCUGAAGAUCCAUCGGACCACCCAUGAAGAGUGGGCGCAUGAGGCCUCAAGCAUGCGAAGCCCGCCGUGCAGCCCGAGAAAACCCACAAGUGUCACGUGUGCGAGAAGAGUUUCGGCCAUUCCUACAGCCUGAAAGUCCAUCUGAGGGUCCACACCGGGGAGAAACCCUACCAGUGUGAGGAAUGUCUCAAGUGUUUCUCGAAGAACAACCUCCUGACCGUACACAGGAGGACACACAGCGGAGAGAGGCCCUACCAGUGCGUGGAGUGCCCGAAGAGCUUCAGCGUCAUCUCCCACCUACGCGUCCACAGGAGGAGACACACCGGGGAGCAACCCUACCAGUGUACCGAGUGCACGAAAAGCUUCAGCGACUACUCAUCGAUAGUGCGUUAUCAGAGGAUACACUCCGGCGCCAAACCGUACCAGUGCACCGUGUGUCAGAAGAGUUUCCGAGAGAAGUCCCACCUGACCGUGCACCGGAGAACUCACACCGGCGAGCGCCCUUACAAGUGUGUCGAGUGUGGGAGGGCUUUUAGCGAUUGCUCCUCUUUCGUGGAACACCGCCGGAACCAUAGUGGUGCCAGGCCCUACAAGUGCCAGGUGUGUCAGAAGAGCUUCACCAAGGCCUACACGCUAAAGAUCCACCACCGAGUCCACACCGGGGAAAAGCCCUAUAAAUGUCACCAGUGCCCCAGGAGCUUCAGCAUCAACUAUCACCUGAAGGUGCAUGAGAAGACCCAUGAUGUGACCGGACGUGGUGCUAGGCCAGCCAUUAGACCGGGGACCAUACUAGUAGAGUAGCAAGUGAUCUGUAUAAUGACGUUUCAUGUGUAUCUAAGUGUAAAUUAUUAUUUUUAUUAAAUGUGUCCUCCCGUCUAAAAUGCACUUAUGACGAAACAGCUUCUGUAUUUGUAAUAAAUGAUAUAUGUGACCGACCUGCUCCUGCACAGCCACUGGGUAUGAAGUGUUAGCGAUACGUUACCGAUGGAAGACAGGAACCAGCUACUAAGAGCUACGCCUAGGUCCCCUGUUUGGUGCCAGCAGUGUACCACCCUGUCCCAAUAGAGAUUUCACUGAUUUGAUCAACAACGUCUUACCGGUAGGAUGGAAACGUAAUUAUGGUGAGAGGUGAGCGAGAACGUCGGAAGGACACCCCGUAUCUUCUGUAGGAGAUCUUCUGUAGUUUGUCUCGUUCUCUCCGCUCCGGGCGUCUCCACCAUUUGCUGAGGCGCACAUUAAUGACAAUGGAAAAGUCGCAGCGCGUGAGCCCAUUACUCUGUACCGCCAUUACUCUGUACUCUGUUUUGACGUCACGAACACCCCCUGCGUUCGCCCAGCCACGCCUGCGUUUUUCCAAACACUUCCUGUAAACAGUCAGUUGACACCCAGAAACGCCCUCUUCAUGUCAAUCACUCUGCGGCCACCAGUGCGACUGAAAAGCUUCGCUAGACCUUAUGUGAAACUACAUAGUUCAAUGUAAUAGUACGUCACGCGUGCGCAUUGCGCCGCUUACGCAUGUACAGAAGUGACUUUUUUUUGCCUAGUCGCUGCACAGCGAACGAAAGCAGCUAGCGAUCUACUCGGAAUGACCACCCCUGUCAAUCACAUUGCGAUCGAAAUUUUCGCACCAUCCUGUCGCCGUUUGGCAUCAUGUCUGCGCAUUGCGGUGCAUACGUAUGCGCAGUAUUUUGAUAAUCGGAUGCUGUGUGAUUUCGCACAAUAGCGAUCUAGUUUGAAUUGGGCCCUGUGUACGGAAUGCUGCGGCUUUCCUCACGCCACGUUCUGCCGUGCUUCAUCUGCGGCACUGUGUGAAACCAGCACCAUAUACAUGUUCCAUACUACCGUGACUAGGGAAGCCAGUGCCGGUUCUUUCCGGAUCACCCAGCUGGCCGCAGAAUAGAUGGAUUUCGUGAUGCGGCUCCUCUCAGUCACUUGUAGGCUGGGAGCGCGCUGCUCAGUGACAUCAUCAACCUUUUCUCACCUCCGCUAUGUGGCUACGGCAGGAGGGGAGGAGGUAACGGAUUGUGGGGGUCACUCAGACCUGAUUGCACUCCAGGUUUCUUUGCUGCGAUCAGGUCAGAACUGCGCAUGGGUAUGCACCGCAAUGCGCAGGCGCGUCGCACGGGUACAAAGCGGAUCGUUGCUGUGCGAUGGGUUUUACGAAGAAUCCAUUCGCACAGCCGAUCGCAAGGAGAUUGACAGGAAGAAGGCGUUUGUGGGCGGCAACUGACCGUUUUCUGGGAGUAGUUGGGAAAACGCAGGCGUGUCCAAGGAUUUGCAGGGCGGGCGUCUGACAUCAAUUCCGGGACCGGACAGGCUGAAGUGAUCACAGCGGCUGAGUAAGUUCUGGGCAACUCAGAAACUGCACAAGAUCAGUUUGUACCGCUCUGCUACACAUGCGAUCACACACUUGCACAGCUAAAAUACACUCCCCUAUGGGCGGCGAGUAUGCGAACGCAGGAAUGCAGAAAUAACCCUAGCGAGGGAACAGGUCUGAAUUAGGCCCUGUGUGUGGUGGGAUAGCUUUGUACAAUUCAGUCCCAGGAUUACAGAGAGCGAUGGUAACUGAAGGUCCAUUAAUUAAUAUUAAACCUAUGUCUAGAAAUGAAUUGUUCCUUCCGCCAUUGAGGACGCUCAGUAAUUUAUCCCCAUACGUAGAUGUACUUCCAGCAAACCCAGAGUAACGGUGGGAUUACCAGGGCUGCAAGCAGGAGAACUUUCAUAGUUCUGGAGGUGGGAAACGUGUUUGUCCGUCACGUUCAGAUGGCUCAGUCCAAUUAGACGCCGGCUGAAAAAUGUAUUUCAUGAAACUCGCAGACUUCGCACAAAUGCGCACACCUGGGAUUUCCGGAGAAUCUGAUUAAAAACGCCUGUUCGCUGUACCGGCAGCGGGGGAUUGCAGAUUGUCUGCCAAAUGCAAUGUGAGAGAAAUGCGUGAAAAGUGGGGUGACCUUCCUGUACGCCCGAAAAAGUGACAAUUUCAUUUGCAGAAUCAUAGGGAAGGCUGUUAUCGGGCAUUAGGAAACUACCGGAGGUUUUUAAAUGGUGGUAAGCGGCUGAUUUCUACAUUUCGAGAGAAAAAAAUUCAUAAAGAGCAAACUUUUUUGGUUUACUUUAAUAUGAAAAAAAUGAAAAUGCAAAAAUUCUAAAUGACAAAAACAAAUGUUAAAAAAAAUAAACAAAUACUCUAGAUUUGGGGUGCGUGAAGCAACGUAAAAGUUGAUUUUGGAGUCAUUUGGAGCCAUUUUUUUUUUAUACUCCCAAAAAUGUAUUUUAAUUACUGUACUAAGGGGCUGAUUGAGUAAGGAUGGCAGAUGCUGCUAAUCACAGAACUUGCUAUCCUUUUCCUAGCAUACUGACCGGCGCCUCCCCCCUGCAACAAGCAGAAAUCGCGAUCACUUCGCAAUAUCUGCUUGUCAGCAGAAACUAAAGAUGACUUCUGCCGGCGCAGCUUAGCUGCGGUCGCAGGACUCCCAGCGCCAUUUUACCUGUCGCGGCGGC